AUGUCCCCAUUCUUUGUUUCUACCGUUGGCUCUAUUCAUUGGUGGCUUAAUGGUGUUUGGAUCACCAUUGGCCCAGUAGUUAUGGGCAAAAUAAUAGAAUUGUUUGGUCCAAAGCAAACCUGCAAAACCUUGACGAAGAAUACUUCUAAGAUCUUCAGAAAGUGGGAAUGGACUGACUUUCCAGUAAAAUUCAUCAGCCUCGGCUUGACGUUGGGUGAAUAUUUGAUCCAAUUCAUAUUCAUCAACUUCGCUCUUGUCUCUGGUGAACUUAUAACGAAUGGUGACAUAAUCACCAGCUGGAACAUUAUCAAAAGUGAACCAAGCAGCAGCUUUGGUACCGGUUUUAUCAGGGUUAACGGCACCUUUUUCUUUAUCAACAACAUAAUCAUGGAAACCAUCCUUGACAUAUUUGUGCUUGUUUUCUUGGUUGUACAAUCUUUGAGUGUUGGUUUCAUUUUCAGUGAAAAUCAACUCUGGUUCAAUAUCUGGAUCAUUUUCGGUUACACCAGGGGAAGGUGCAAAUGCCAAGUAACGUUUACCAAAUUUUUGAGUAUUAACUUCAAUAGUGUAAUCAUCGACUUUUGUAACACUUGGUUUGUCAAUGUCAACAUAUUCAUCACUUCCCCAUGCCCAGAUGUUUCUCAAGGUACAGUGGGGUAA